GUCAACAUCAUAUCAUAUCAUAUCAUUAAUAUUGUUUCACAGACUUAAUUGUCCCGCUUUUUGGUUGUUAGUACACUGUAUACAAAUAAUAUAUAUUUGCAAAAUACACCUCCACGCCUCCGUGUCGGCACAAGAGACGCAGCAAGUUUGAUGCUGACCCCCCAGGUCAAAUAAACCACUCGGGAACAUCCAAAAGAGAAUUUGAAAAACAGCACGAUUCGUAUCCUCCACUCCAGAAACACUUUGGACAUGGUCUAGCCGAUAAAAAAGUAAAGACAAAAUACCCUGCAAAUCUCAGUUUCAAGAACUUACAGCGCAUUACAAACACUGGACCAAAUCUCCCGCAGCAUUUGAGAGUUAAUCAUAUAUUAGACCGCCUGUCAAAUCGGGUUAACACUAUGAUAGAAGAUAAAUUGAAUCGACGACCACCGAUUGUCGCUUUACCUUUGAUAGCCAAUGGAUCGAUUGGACAUCAACCGAUGGAAUUCAACAGCCCAAAUUCAAACUAUCCGGAGCGAGAGAUUCAUAGACUGAGCAAGAAUACACUUGCUCCUAUCGAAGAGAAUGGGGAAAGUUCUCAGCAAUCGCCUGAAGCUCACAAAGAUAACACAAAAUUCAAUACUCAGUUCCCAGAACAUAACGCAAAUGCAAGCCAAUUCUCGUCCCAGGCCACAAUAGCCAAUUAUCAGGUGUCGUACCAGCUACAGCAAUGGGACGAUGGAAACUCAAACAAGAUUUCCCCAAUGAUACUAAAUGGAUCGAAUUCUGGGCAGGCGCAGAUAGAGGCCAAUAAUAGAUCAGAUAUCAACCACCCAGACCUUAACGGUGCAUAUGAUCCACUACGUGCGAUACCACUAUCUGAGCUGCGUAAUCAAUUAACUUCAAUAGCCCGUGAGAUCAAGCUAAGAACUGUGGAUAGCAUGACUGCAGAUUCAGAUCAUGUGAAACCUCAAGGGAACCAAGAAUAUCUUAUGCUUUACCUUGUUGUUCUAGGGCAAUUCAUCCUUCAAGGAGGACAAGCUUACUUUAUCGACCUUCCUCCUCCAGCCCCCCAGAUUAUCAUAUCACCCCAGGACACCGAUUCAUUUUCUUUGAGUCCUCCGGAAUCUGGAGGUGUUCUCGUUGAUCCAGACGAAUUUGAGAUCGAUUCGGAGCACUCCAGUGGUCUACCGAUGAAUGAUAAUGAUAAUGAUGAUACAGGUUAUAGUUUUUUGUCCCCUAACCCAAGGCUUGGAAACUCAAAUACAACUCUUUCACUUGAACCCCGCACGCGCGUCAGCCCUCUCUCACCUCUAGCACCGGCUUUUGUCCCCGCCAGUGAAGGACAUCAAAAAGUUUCAGGUGUUGCUGGUGAUAAUGUAGCCCUCAAAUCUCCACCAACUCCAGUCUCAUUGAAGAGUUAUUUUGAGCCAGCAAAAGCUAGAAUUUACCCUCAAAGUAUAACGUCUGUUUCAUCUGUGGAAGAGAAGAUGCCUGCGGACCCAUUUGCCACCCAAGACACACCAAAUUCAACCACUCCACCCGUUGAAUCCCUUCAGCAAACUCCACUCAACUCAUCGACUCCACUAACUCCGAUUAGCCCUGUGCUUCACACUAGUCCACCGGCUUUAGACAGUCCAACCCCUAGAGACCGAUUAAUUACUCACAGUCAAUUGCGAAUUCCUAGUAACAUAUGUUUCAUCCGCACCAAGCCCGGAUCAGGAAUAAGGAUCUACAUCCUUCCUAACCAAAUCGGUAAUUCAGAAACAACCUGGAUUGAUCUUCCAGAAGUAGGGAUUCAACUCUGUGAUGAAGAUACACCAGAGAAGUUUGUAUACGCUACCAAUACUGUGAUGGGUUCUGCAAGCUGGUUCUACACAGAAAUUUGGGUUUCAUAUUUGUAUCAAGAAAUUCUUAUUUAUAAUUCAUUCAGAGGAUUAGGAAAUCUUGAGAGAGCAUCAAUUUCUUUUGAACCCGAACCAUCUAUGAUACCAACUGGAUGUAUAGAUAUGUACGGGAGGCCUACCUUUUUUGACGCAGGCAAUUCUAGGUCUGAACCGAAGACAUUAUCGUUUCCCAGUGGCGACGACUUAGGUGUCAAUUGGAAUGCGGCACCACAUGAGAACGCGAGGAUUAGAUCAAUCAAGUUAAAACAGAUGUGGGAAGGUUGGCAAGAAGGAGCACGGGAUGUAAGAUGGCUUUGGCAUCUCUGGAAGCAAUGGGGGCGGAUAAAGGGCUGGACAGAGAAAUCAGAAAAAUGCGGAGACGAUGAAAACAGGAAAGGAAAGAAUGCGGUGGACCAUUUCGAAUUGAUGAAGAUAGCGAUGCUCACGUCUAAAAUAGAAUAUGGCAUCAAACAAAUAGGUUUUGAUGAUAUGAAGGGUGUUUUGCGUGGAAGAUCGACUGACCAACUUAAAAGGGAUUGGGAAGAGAGAACCAGAAAAUUCGGCAGUUGAAGUUUUUUGGAAUGAGAAAUAUGAAGGUCUUAAAGUAAAGAAUGAUCACACAGCGAUAAUGUAAUACGUUCUCA